AUGGAAUGUGCAGGUCGCGCAUUAGGGUUCUGGGCAUAUCAAAGUACACAGGAGAUCUUCUAUCAGGACUUCCGAGCAAAGACGCUCACGGAGAAGUACGCCAACCUAAACACACAGAUGGACAAAGUCAUCCACAAUGCCAACACAGAGAUAUUAUCUCUUCAGAACAGGCUGUCUGGUAUGCAAUCAGCUCAAGAAGAUCUCCAAAAGAAGAACCAGGAGCUGAAUGAUCUCUACCGAGACAAAAACAACAAGCUCUCUCAAAUGACAAACCUCUACAACCUCCUCAAAGCGCGAGCUAUGCGGUCCCGCAUGCAGACUGCUGCCUCGGAUACAGUAUCCCAAGCCCUAAACUCGCUUCCAUCAUUGAAUGCGCCUCCUUCUGUCUCCGUUGCCCGAUCUGCUAUGUCGCCAACACUUCCCGCGCAGGUAUCACAACACCUUAAGACCCAAUCGUACCCUGUCGACACUGAAGGAGUUGAGCAGUUGCAUCGGCAUCAGCGAAGUGGCACGGGCAGUUCCAAGAGGGCGAGAACAAAGACACCAAACGCCGCUGCCAUGUUACCUCCAGCGAAACCAAACUGGAAUGGGCGCUUUGCCCGUGAACCCGAUCAUAACCGGCAACACCGUACGCGUCUCCCACGACUUUCCAGGACUCCGACGAUGCUGUCUGAGUUUCCGCCUAGCGAUGCCAUUAUGCAGCGAUUUGGGAAAUGA